AUGGACUCUGGAGCUGUGACCGGGAGGAGUUUUGGUGAGAAGGAGACCAGAGCCGGCCUGGAGAACGGCGUCCUCCUCUGCGAACUCCUGACUUCCAUUAAACCUGGUUUGGUGAAGAGAAUCAACAGGCUCGAGACUCCCAUCGCCCGCCAGGACAAUCUGACUGCGUUCCUGCGCGGCUGCCAGGACUUAGGACUCUCUGGAUCUCAGCUCUUUGACCCUGGAGACCUGCAGGACCCCUCGCCUUCACAAAACACCAGAGGAAACGACAGCUGCAAGCUCCAGAAUUGGUUCACUGUGGCUCUGGCCCGGCCCCCUCCCUCCCCCACGCACACUCACCCUCCCUCCCCCACGCACACUCACCCUCCCUCCCCCCACGCACACUCACCCUCCCUCCCCCUCGCACACUCACCCUCCCUCCCCCACGCACACUCACCCUCCCUCCCCCACGCACACUCACCCUCCCUCCCCCCACGCACACUCACCCUCCCUCCCCCACGCACACUCACCCUCCCUCCCCCACGCACACUCACCCUCCCUCCCCCUCGCACACUCACCCUCCCUCCCCCACGCACACUCACCCUCCCUCCCCCUCGCACACUCACCCUCCCUCCCCCUCGCACACUCACCCUCCCUCCCCCUCGCACACUCACCCUCCCUCCCCCACGCACACUCACCCUCCCUCCCCCACGCACACUCACCCUCCCUCCCCCACGCACACUCACCCUCCCUCCCCCACGCACACUCACCCUCCCUCCCCCACGCACACUCACCCUCCCUCCCCCUCGCACACUCACUCCCCCUCCCCCCCCCACGCACACUCCCCCCCCUCCCCCCCGCACACUCACCCUCCCUCCCCCACGCACACUCACCCUCCCUCCCCCACGCACACUCACCCUCCCUCCCCCUCGCACACUCACCCUCCCUCCCCCUCGCACACUCACCCUCCCCCCCCCCGCACACUCACCCUCCCUCCCCCUCGCACACUCACCCUCCCUCCCCCUCGCACACUCACCCUCCCCCCCCCCUCGCACACUCACCCUCCCUCCCCCACGCACACUCACCCUCCCUCCCCCACGCACACUCACCCUCCCUCCCCCACGCACACUCACCCUCCCUCCCCCUCGCACACUCACCCUCCCUCCCCCACGCACACUCACCCUCCCUCCCCCUCGCACACUCACCCUCCCUCCCCCUCGCACACUCACCCUCCCUCCCCCACGCACACCUCACCCUCCCUCCCCCACGCACACUCACCCUCCCUCCCCCUCGCACACUCACCCUCCCUCCCCCACGCACACUCACCCUCCCUCCCCCUCGCACACUCACCCCUCCCUCCCCCACGCACACUCACCCUCCCUCCCCCACGCACACUCACCCUCCCUCCCCCUCGCACACUCACCCUCCCUCCCCCUCGCACACUCCCCCUCCCUCCCCACGCACACUCACCCUCCCUCCCCCUCGCACACUCACCCUCCCUCCCCCACGCACACUCACCCUCCCUCCCCCACGCACACUCCCCCUCCCUCCCCAACGCACACUCCCCCUCCCUCCCCCACGCACACUCACCCUCCCCCCCCCCGCACACUCACCCUCCCUCCCCCACGCACACUCACCCUCCCUCCCCCUCGCACACUCACCCUCCCUCCCCCUCCCCCUCCACACUCACCCUCCCUCCCCCACGCACACUCACCCUCCCUCCCCCUCGCACACUCACCCUCCCUCCCCCACGCACACUCACCCUCCCUCCCCCUCGCACACUCACCCCUCCCUCCCCCUCGCACACUCACCCUCCCUCCCCCACGCACACUCACCCUCCCUCCCCCUCGCACACUCACCCUCCCUCCCCCUCGCACACUCACCCUCCCUCCCCCACGCACACUCACCCUCCCUCCCCCACGCACACUCACCCUCCCUCCCCCUCGCACACUCACCCUCCCUCCCCCUCGCACACUCACCCUCCCUCCCCCUCGCACACUCACCCUCCCUCCCCCUCGCACACUCACCCUCCCUCCCCCACGCACACUCACCCUCCCUCCCCCUCGCACACUCACCCUCCCUCCCCCACGCACACUCACCCUCCCUCCCCCACGCACACUCACCCUCCCUCCCCCACGCACACUCACCCUCCCUCCCCCACGCACACUCACCCUCCCUCCCCCUCGCACACUCACCCUCCCUCCCCCACGCACACUCACCCUCCCUCCCCCACGCACACUCACCCUCCCUCCCCCACGCACACUCACCCCCCCCCCCCCCACGCACACUCACCCUCCCUCCCCCACGCACACUCACCCUCCCUCCCCCACGCACACUCACCCUCCCUCCCCCUCGCACACUCACCCUCCCUCCCCCACGCACACUCACCCUCCCUCCCCCUCGCACACUCACCCUCCCUCCCCCACGCACACUCACCCUCCCUCCCCCACGCACACUCACCCUCCCUCCCCCACGCACACUCACCCUCCCUCCCCCUCGCACACUCACCCUCCCUCCCCCUCGCACACUCACCCUCCCUCCCCCACGCACACUCACCCUCCCUCCCCCACGCACAUUCACCCUCCCUCCCCCUCGCACACUCACCCUCCCUCCCCCACGCACACUCACCCUCCCUCCCCCUCGCACACUCACCCUCCCUCCCCCACGCACACUCACCCUCCCUCCCCCACGCACACUCACCCUCCCUCCCCCACGCACACUCACCCUCCCUCCCCCACGCACACUCACCCUCCCUCCCCCACGCACACUCACCCUCCCUCCCCCUCGCACACUCACCCUCCCUCCCCCACGCACACUCACCCUCCCUCCCCCUCGCACACUCACCCUCCCUCCCCCACGCACACUCACCCUCCCUCCCCCACGCACACUCCCCCUCCCUCCCCAACGCACACUCCCCCUCCCUCCCCCACGCACACUCACCCUCCCCCCCCCCUCGCACACUCACCCUCCCUCCCCCCGCACACUCACCCUCCCUCCCCCUCGCACACUCACCCUCCCUCCCCCUCGCACACUCACCCUCCCUCCCCCACCGCACACACUCCUCCCUCCCCCUCGCACACUCACCCUCCCUCCCCCACGCACACUCACCCUCCCUCCCCCUUGCACACUCACCCUCCCUCCCCCUCGCACACUCACCCUCCCUCCCCCACGCACACUCACCCUCCCUCCCCCUCGCACACUCACCCUCCCUCCCCCUCGCACACUCACCCUCCCUCCCCCACGCACACUCACCCUCCCUCCCCCACGCACACUCACCCUCCCUCCCCCUCGCACACUCACCCUCCCUCCCCCUCGCACACUCACCCUCCCUCCCCCUCGCACACUCACCCUCCCUCCCCCUCGCACACUCACCCUCCCUCCCCCACGCACACUCACCCUCCCUCCCCCUCGCACACUCACCCUCCCUCCCCCACACACACUCACCCUCCCUCCCCCACGCACACUCACCCCUCCCUCCCCCUCGCACACUCACCCUCCCUCCCCCACGCACACUCACCCUCCCUCCCCCUCGCACACUCACCCUCCCUCCCCCACGCACACUCACCCUCCCUCCCCCUCGCACACUCACCCUCCCUCCCCCUCGCACACUCACCCUCCCUCCCCCUCGCACACUCACCCUCCCUCCCCCACGCACACUCACCCUCCCUCCCCCUCGCACACUCACCCUCCCUCCCCCACGCACACUCACCCUCCCUCCCCCUCGCACACUCACCCUCCCUCCCCCACGCACACUCACCCUCCCUCCCCCUCGCACACUCACCCUCCCUCCCCCACGCACACUCACCCUCCCUCCCCCACGCACACUCACCCUCCCUCCCCCUCGCACACUCACCCUCCCUCCCCCACGCACACUCACCCUCCCUCCCCUUUACACCGAGGCUGCUGCUGCUGCUUCUGCUGCUACCGGCUCCUGGAGCUCAGCACUCGUUUCUCCAUCCUCCAGCUCAGCAUGCUCCCUCCUCUUGCUCGCUGCUGUAG